AUCAUCAUCAUCGUCGUGUCGUGCCAGCCUUCAGGUCGUUCCUCGUUCGUGCAAAGUGCAUUAUAGCAAAUUUUUGCUCCGCCAGGUUUUUCUGUAUUUUCCUUUUUUAUCCGGUUAUUUUCCUCGAAAUUUUCAUUCCUGUUUAAAUCUCGUGGUGCGGAUUGCGUGUGUGAUUUGAAAAACUCAAAAAAUGAUCUCAGUUCUCGGUGGUGGUGCUGCUGCUGGUGCUGGUACUUCCUUUGUGUUUCUGUGCGUUUUUUAAUCGUCGAGGAUCUUGUCGGUGGCGGAGAAGAAAAAAAAAACAUUUUAAGUUAAAUUUUACUGGUUGAAAUUUUUUUUUCGGGCCUGGCCUGGCUAUGUGGAAGUGUCACAAGUGCGGAAAACCGGUGUUUUUCGCUGAGCGAAAACAAUCACUGGGCUACGACUGGCACCCGGAGUGUCUGCGCUGCGAGGAAUGUGGAAAAAGGCUCAACCCGGGACAGCAUGCUGAACACAAAGGCGUCCCGUACUGUCACGUGCCUUGCUACGGAGCCCUGUUCGGGCCGCAGCUAUUUGGCCACGGAACGCGCGUGGAAUCACACAAAAGCUUCGGCCAACCGGAGCUGCGGAAACUAGGGGCAAUUCGAUCACCGGCUGGUGCUGGUGGUGCCGGUGUUGGUGCUGGCGGAGGAGGUCCUGUGAUUCCACGAGCCCAUCUGGAGGCGAAACUGAAACUGUUCAAUGAGUUUCCGAACAACAAGAGUCAGGAGAUUCGCAGCCGCGAAGUUAACGGCCGUUUGGUGCUGGAAGGGGCACUGCGAAUCUACUGGGGCGUUCAGGGACUGAUUCAUCUGAAGGAGGAUGACGAUCAGCGGACGGUAGUUACGGUGAGAAAGCGUAAUUCCUACCGCUAUAGCCAUCCCAGUUCGAUGGUUUCGGCUAUGCGAGAUCUGGAGGACAAGGAGAAUCUUAAUCCGGACUUUCGCAGUGAUCCGAUGAGUUCGAGUUUGACCGAGGGACCGGAUGGUAACGAUACGACGACAAUAUCGGAAAGUUUGUCCUACGACACGUUGAGUAUUUCGUCGGAUUUGAACUCGAUCGGUUCGUCGAAACCGAACUCGGGGGAAAAUUCGAAGGAGGUUUCUCCUAGCCAUGGGUUGAAUGGGAACAAGUACGUAACACUGCCACCGAAGUUGGAGGUGAAGCAGCUGGAAUGGGACGAAAUCGAUGACUUGCUGCAGGUAGAACGAAAGAUGGACGAAUCCGAGCGGAUGUACCGGACGAUGCCUUCACCGUUGCCGUCGUCGACCGGGGGAGAUUUGCAGCAGCAGCAGCAGCAGACGGAUGAAAGCGAAAUCUCCGAAAGUGUCACCGACACCGACUACAAAACACUCACUCCUCAAACGGUGACCAAUUCGUCCUCGUCGACGGAUAGCAGCAAGACAACGAACGGAGAGGAGAUAUUUCGGACGCCGCAGGGGACAAUUCGGUCGCAUGAUUUUGAAGCGUUUAAAAUGCAAAUGAGUCAGGAAUUUAUUAAUGGUGCGGCGGAUCUCGGUACCACCGAGGGUACGUUGAAACUUAAUCAACCUAUCGAUCCGGCCAGGAUCAAUGACUCGCUGAAGCUGUACAAUGAAUCCGUCAUGAAUAGGAGUCUGUCGGAUGAGCAGUGUCGGAAUGUGUUCUCGCUGCCGCAAGGGAAUAUCACGGACUCAUUCCACGUGGUCGACGAUGACACGCUGAAACCGCUAGCAUCUCCAGUCGCAAGAAAAGUUCGCGACCUUCUGAAUGGCACCACCAACAGCAACGGACGUACGAAGGUAGUCUACCAGCGGCACCAGUCCGAUUCCGGUUCAGUAACAUCGCCCGGCACCGACACCGACAGCUGGACCGGUGACCGAGGUUUGCUCCGCUCCCGAUCACACGGUAACCAUUACUCCGGUAACAGUUUCAUGGACAGUGACGACGAAGGAACGGAAACGUUGAAAGCCUCGGACCGACCACCUACUUCCAUACACAUCAAGAUGGACUGUUAUGAUGAUGAUUUGGCUGCCGCCGCCGAUGCAAAAAAGAGAGAAAACGGGGAAGUGCUGGUUGUUGUUAGCCCAACGACGGACGAUAGUCUGACUUCGGUUAGUAUGUCGUCGGCGACGGGUACGACCACGGCAACAGCAACAACGACGACGACGACGGAUGAUGGUGUAGUGUUGAGGAAGGCACCGAAAACGGGUUCGACGGCGAUCAAGAGACGCUCCGGUAAUCGGCGAUCGCGGACGAAGCUGAAGCGUCGCUGUUCGAUCAAUGGUCACUUCUACAAUCGGGAAACGUCGUUUUUUACGCCACCGCACGGGUCGCAGAUGAAUGUGUGGGUGACGUCGCUGGUCAAUACUCAGGAGGUGAUCAAUCUGCUGCUGGAAAAGUACAAGGUGGAAAGUCGGGCGGAAAAUUUUGCCCUCUUUGUGAUCAAAGAUAAUGGCGAGCAGAAAAAGCUGAAAGAGGAUGACUUUCCGCUGAUAUCGCGCGUAAUUCUCGGACCGCACGAAGAUAUUGCUAAACUGUUUCUGAUGGAUGGUCAGCAGACGCCGGAGAUAAGUAGCGAAGUGGCCCAGUUCCUCAACCUAUCCAUCCCGGAGUGUCGAGCGAUACUGGAGCGCUACCACGAGGAAGAACAGCGGGAACUGUUCCGGAUAAGAACGAAAUAUGCCGAACUACGUCGAAGAAUCGUCCAACGGAUGGAAUCGUUGAAGGUGAGGCUGUGAGCCUCGAACGGGUUUAAAUUUGUAUUCUUCCGCGCACAAUCAUCGAGUUUGUGAGCCAUCAUUCGGGCAAAAAAAAAACAACAAAAUAACAGAGCAUCGGGCUCGAAAUCUAAUCAUGUAAUUUCUUAAGGUACUCUUUUAGUGCGUAGUGUUAACCGAAAAUUAAUCAAUUAUUUAACCACAAUCAACAAUGAUACUAAUAUAUAGACCUAUUAUAUAUCUAUUUACCAGUUUUGUGUUAGGCCAUCAACUCAGUAACUCAGUAAGCGAUUCAUUUCGUCGACACAGAUAGCCAUUUUUUCCGAAGCAUUUCUGUUUGUUUGUUAUAUAGUUUGAGACUCUCUCUCUGCUGGAAGAAGUUGCCUUACCACACGGUCAAAUUGAUAUCAAACGGUGUCUAGGUCUAAGUAAGUAGCUGUUUUAGGGAAUCAUUUCGAGUCAUAUCAUUUUUCCUGCUUUUGGUAGCUAGUGCUGUCGGUUAACAUCGACCAAACAAACUCAGUUGCUCCUUCUCGUCACGAAUAAAAAAAGGGCAGGAAGCUAAAACAAGAAAUCGUCGCUGUUUAAUCUUUUCCUUCUCAAGUUUGCUAAUUAAAUCUUAACGAAGAUGUUCGCGUCUCCGGUUAGGAAACAGACGAAAGGUAGGAAAAAGUGCUACAAACAAUGUUAAACACACAACUGACUGAGAAGGUAUUAACUCAAGUAACAAGCGGUGGUAUAUUUAAAUCAAUCUCGAAUAAAGACGAAAAACAAAAAAAAAGUACGCGAACAAAGAUGAACAAUAAAACGAGGACCGACGUUCGGUCAAAUGAAGAGGAAAAUGAUGGAUCGUUUCAUAUGACCGCACCGGUCGGUGCAGGCAGAAAGCAAACCGCUAAUUAGUACUGAUUUAUAUAGUAACCGAAAUGCAGCCAGGAAAUUGCGUGAAAUGUGAAGAGAGUAGUAACAGAAAAGAAAUGUAAAUCUAGAAGGUUUUUGUAACACACAUCAGGAGUUAUGACAAUUGGUGACAAAUAAAUAACGUAUCAACCAGCGGCAAUGUUCAUA